AUGCAGCCGCCGCGCGAGAGAAGUCAAGAGCCGCCACGAGAUUUAGGAGCGGACUGCACCGGGCGGCAAAACGGGCGGCAGCGGCGGAGGCAGCAUGAGGCGAGCGAAGCCAAUAGCAUAGGCCUCCUGCAGUGCAUGCUCUGUUUUCGGCAGUGCCUCUCCUCUGCACACGGCCAUGCAACUAAUGCCUCAUGUUGGCGCGCUUCUUCCCCACAGGAGCUGGAGGAGAUCGAGGACCGCCUGCGGGAGGAGAGCCAUGAGCUGGUGGCGAUGGUGUCCCGGCUCCAGGACGAGAACCGGAAGCUCUCCACGUCGCUCGCCAAGUCCGAGGGAACAGUUAUCCACUCUAACGGUUCGACACCUGAGGUGGACCUCAAAGUGGUGACACGGCUGCAGGAAGUUAUCGAAGCGCAGCGGGAACAGAUGCACAAGACAGAGAAGGAAUGCCAUUUAAAAGCAACAGAGCUGGACAACCUGAAGUCGCAGCUGGAGAAGGUCAACCAUGUGAACAGAGAACUGCGGCGCCGCCAGAGGACCUACGGCAGCCAGAUGCGGUCACUGAUCGACGAACGCGCCGAGUUGCAGGCGGCGCUACAGGAGGAGACGCGUGCUGUCAACGUGCUUCGGCAGCGACUGGGGCUCGCGCAGAAGGAGAACGAGGACCUAGCCAGUUCCAGUAGUGAUAGCCUGGACUUGACCAACAAGUUGGUAUUUGACCGGGAUGACCCCAACCGACCUCGUUUCACAAUGACUGAGCUUAAAGAGAUUCUCUACGAGCGCAAUGAACUGAAAGCUCGUGUGUCUGAUCUCGAAGAUGAAUUGGAAAUGUACAGGCCCAAGGAAGAGCGACAGCGGAGCCACAUUAUCUGUCCUCCGGUAGAGAUGGUGGAUCCGGAGGGGGGGCUCCAGCCUCCUACAGACCCCCUCACACCCCCCCCCUCUCUCUCCGACUCACUUUCCAACGAGAUACAAGAUGCUGCAGAGGAAGAGGAUCCACCAGUUCAAGGUCCCAUGCCCUACGAACCUGAUGAUGCCCCAUGGAGGAAGGGAGAAUCUGGUAUCAGGAAGUUCUUCCGUCGGCUCUUUGGUGAUGAUGAGACCGGUUCAGGAUCCAGUCCCAAGAAGAGCUUGCUUAACCUUAGCCGCCCCUGAGGACUCAGUAGGGCCUUGUGCAGCUGGACUAACCUCUGGGCCCGAGCAGAUGAUCACUAAGAAAGUCCAGCCUUAUUAUACCUGUCCCUAUAAGGAUAUGAUAUUCCUGCGUAAUCAAAGCCGCAUAAGAUAUCUCUGUGGUGCAAAAAGGGGCAUAAAUGUUAAAGUAUGCCAUCAGAUUCCUAUGAAACAAUACUUUGAGAGAACUUCUUCCAAAGCCCCUUUUUUUAUUUGUCAUCAUUGUGUUAGAAGUUUAAUGGGUAAUAGUGCUGAAAGCUUUUCAGAGAGAGAGACUGAAAUAGAGUCUCUCAUCAAUAGAGGAGGACUAACACUAAAUAGAGUAGGCACAAGGUACCACAUUUUGGCUAUGCCUCAAGCUGCCAUUGAAAAAGAUCUGAAUUUUAGGGACAGUGUUUCUGAAGAAUCUGAGUGCCUACCUGACUCUCUGAAUGGCUCUUGGAAACAAUUAAUCUGUGAAUUUCAUGUAACUGCAAGUGAAAGCUCAGUAAACUGGAAUUAUUAUAACUCUAAUGAAUCUUUAGCACCCAUGUUAAAUUUUAUGGAAUUUUAUAAGUCAGUCUUUGGGUAGUUAUGUGCAUUAAAUACGCAUUUGUUAUGGUUCAUAUAUACUGUUCAUGUACUAUAUUGUUAUAUGAGAUUCAUCCCAUAAUCAUAUACUGUCACUUAGCUUUUUUUUUUUUUUGGCUGUCAUUAUAGUACUAUUUGAUUAUCCAAAGAAGUCUCCAUUUUGAAGAAACCUAUAUGAAUAUUUGAAGAAAUAUACAAGAGGCAGGAUUAUAUACCAAAGUCAUAAGUAUAUGUAAUAUAAGAUGAAUUUGUGUAUAUGAGUAUAGUGAUAUAUUUUGUAAUGACUAGAGUGCAUAUAAAGGGAUGUUAAUGAGGUGAUAUUUUACUGAAAGGAUUGAUAACUAUCAGUGGAACAUAUAUUUUAGUGACUUUCUUGGAAAAUACGACAAUCCAUGUCAAGUGUUGUACAGUAAAGGGAAAACCAGUGUGAUAAGUGUUUGUUAUGAAAUCCAUAUCUGUAGGACUAUGUCCUUGUGAUUACCAUAUCAUAAAUGUUGGCUAUAUUAUGGCUCUGGAUCCUGUUGGAGAGAAGGAAUUAUGAGUUUAUUGAUGAUAUUAAGAAGUGUGACUUUUGCUCUGUUUGACCUCCCCUCUCUUAUCUGAUCUGCAAUUAUAAUUGUUUUACCAGUGUUUUCCUUUGUAUAUCUCACUGAUCAAGAUAUUGAAUAAUCUGUAUUUUCUUUAAUUUUUUUUUUCAUUUCUUAUAUAGGCAGUUAUGGAUCUACUUUGACUAAGAAUUAACCUAUUGAUAGUUGCACAUAUGCAUGUAAACUUGUAUAUAUGCACUGGCCCCUGUGGUUUUAUUUAAUUUUGUUUAGAUGCAGAUGACCCUAGAAGCACUUGGUCAAAAAGGAGUCAGUUACAAAGCCUACAUGAGCUCAUCAAUUUAUCAUUUUUUCAUAUUCAUUACUGUUAUUAUUGUUCAUAUUGGAGAAAUGAUGAUAAUAAUAGUAAUAAUAAUAAUGAUAAUAAUAAAAAAGAAAAUUAUAAUUAUAAAACAAUAAUGAUAAUAAAGAUGAUGAUGAUGAUGAUAAUAAUUAAUAAUAAUAAUAAUAAUAAUAAUAAUAAUAAUAAUAAUAAUAAUAAUAAUAAUGUAUGUUAAUGACUAAUAACAGCAAUAGGAAUGUUUUCCUGCAAACAAGUAAGAUCUAUUAGGCUUAUUAACUGACUUUUUGGCAACUAAGUGCCUGUGAAGCCAUCAGUGUAUGAGCAACAGUAAUAAAAUAAAACCAUAGUGGACAAUGUAUGUGUAUACUCAGCACCAGUGAAUUAGGAUAUAAAAAAAAAUCAAGGAGACAUCUGACUUUAUUUGUUUUUACUCCCUGCAUAUCAUAUGUUUGGACAAACUGCAUUCAUAAAAUGGAAUGGAAUAUAAUCCAAGUACAUGGCAGUAUGAUUUAGGUGAAGAAUGAUAUCACAAGGCUAGUGUAGAAAAAUGGAGUUGAUGUUCAGCUAUUUUGAAAUUAUUAUAUAUUAGCAUACUUUUGUUAGGUGUGUUCCAGUUUUAGACUAAAAUGAUUUGUAUGAGGUAGGGUAUGUAUACCGGAAAUGAAACUCAACUGCAGGAUAAAUUCCUCAUAAAUGUAGAGUAAAAAGGUGAAUAUUUGUAAAAUUUCUAAGAUAACCUCAGAGGAAAAGCAUGGUGUAUUAUUGAACAGAAAGUAGAUUUAUAAAAGUGGGAAUGAAAAAAUUGUUUUAAAAAAAUAUGGUGUAAAUAAGAGCUUUUCUGCUGUUGGUAUUCUCUGCCACUUCAAAUAGUACAAAGUGACAUGUUUGUUAUAAUGAUUAAGUACCAAGCAUUGGCAUAUCAGUUUCAAUUCAUGUUAGAGUAGAUAAUUUUAUUUAGAUAAUGAAUUAUGUCAAAGAGGAAACUUCAAUUUGCUUUAGUUAAUUUUCUGAGACAUCUCCAUCCAGUGUCUGUCCAUAUAUUACCCAUCGAAAAUGUCUGAGAUCACACUCAAUGAAAGUAUUGGAAUGAUAUUUAGUUAUGGGGAUGAAAAGUAAAAGGCUUUUAUGCUGAAUAUAUAUAAUAAUUGAUAGUAGCAGUACAAACUCCAGUGUCUAUAUUCUCCUAAUUUCUCCUUUGCAUACAGGAUCUGGGAAUAAGCUAUUAGCUUUUCCUAAAUACUUUAAAUAGCUUCAGUAUGAUUGUAUCACUUGUAUUCAGCUUAUGCAUGUUUAAUGCACCUCUUUUUUCAGAGUGCUGAAGGAAUUAUUGCCAUUCACCAGAUUAUAUAAGUUCAAGACUUGCUGCUGUUUCCUUGGUAUGUAACACAGUAUUAAGGCACCAGUGUAAAUUUUAGGAAUUUCUUUGUUAUUGCUGUGAAUUCUCAAAGUUCCAUUGAAAUUUGUUUGAGUGCUGGUAUUCUCGUCUGUUAAAAAGCAGAUUGCUGGUUGGGCAUGAGUAAUUCCAAGUUGGUUGAUUUCUUUCAUUACUAUUAUUGUUGAUCUACAUCAUAAGGUUUGUGAAAAUAUUUUAUGACCAGUAUUUUUAUCUAAAUUGUCUUCAAACCUGAAUUAGUGUUUUGAUACUCUUAAGUAUCACCCUCAGAGACAAUUAAUAUAUAUCUAGGUUACUGUUCUGUAAUGUACAACUUUGGGUGAUGUUAAUUGUCUGUGUGUAUUCUCAUAUAGAUACUGUGCACUGCUUUUCCUUAGGUUGUUUAGAAAGAGCUGUGUUUUAAGUAUUCAUAAAAGCAACUGUUGAUAGAUAUUGUUUCAGACAACUUUACACAUUUAAGUAAAUCUAGUAUGCCCUUGAAAUUAACAUCUUUGUAUCAUGUUAGCCUCCAGUUAUUUAAAAGAUUCAGAAGAUAGUUUAGGUUGUGCAGUGGUCAAAGUAUUAUAUAAUAAAGUGGAGGAAAUAUCUACUAAUGAAAGCUUGUUCUGAUCACACAGAUAAAACAAAGCAUUUUAAUAGAUAUUUUAUGUGGUGAUUAGUAUUAUAAUAUAUGUAUAUAAAGGAAAAAAAAAACGUGAUUGUGCUGUUGUUGCAAAUUUAGGAAAAAAAUUUGCCUAUUUAGUGUUUAUCCACGAUAUGUUUAUGGUGUAGGGGAUUUGGCAUGACUUCUGUAUCAAGCCAACCAUACUAUGAGAUCCUGAGCAACAAUAAUCUCACCAUUUUGAUAAGGAUGAUAGACAAAACAAAAGAAAUCUAGUUCUAGUAAAGAUGACCAUGUAGCUUACAAACAGUUGCAAUCUUCCAUUUCAUUGAGUAACAUUAGUGGUAUUAAAAACUGAAGAUACUAGUCAUAGCAGUUUAGAUCUUUACAAUUUUGCGUGUACAUUGACUAUCAACUUGUCUUUUAGAUAACAUGUGUUAUUAUUGAUUAUGUAGAUUUUGUGAUGUAUAACAUAUAUGUGCCAAACUGGAUGUUAUGUUGUACGUAAGACAUGAUUUUGCAACUGAGUAGAUGGUACAUCUGGGUUAGUAAAUUAUGACAAACAUACACAUCCUCUUUUUUGUUACUAGUAACAUUUUUCUCUCCAGCAUAGCUGAUGUGGGCCUGUAUGUUUCAUAUUACUUAGGCUUUUUAUCUGCAUCCAUCACUUGUUUUGGUUUAGUACAUAGUACUCUAGGAACACAAGCACAUUCAUAGUGGCCAAUAAAAGUUGAGCAUAAACUGUAUACUUUCAGCAUAUCCUUUUUUUUUUUUUUUUUUUUUUUUUUUUUUUUUCAAACUGAUACUGCUUUUAAUUUUUUUCUUUAAUGGCAUUUUUUUUAAAGCAACAAAUAAAGUUGUCACAUGCCAUUCUUUGGUUUUAAGAUCAGCUAAUAAUGAAGAUUAUAUUUACAUAAAAGAUGCUAACAUUACCAUAGCUUGCUAGACAAAUAUUCAUUGACAUCAAUUCUUUUUCAAAGUCAAUGUCGUUUAUGUAAAGUUAAUCUAGUUUAAAAAUUUGUUCAUCUACUUAAUAUCUUUUAUUUUCGUAAGUGAAACUACUUUUUUUUUCAAACAUAUUUCAUAUAUGUUAUUUUAAGGCUUUUGUAAAGGUAACACGAAUAUGGAUUCUAACAUGUACUGUAUUGUGUAUAUUUCUCCCUAAAUGUUUGUUUCAUCCAUAUUACAAGUGUGCCCAGAUCAUUAUCUUGUCUGAACUGAUUCUUGUAUGGUAACAUCUUUUGGGCUAAAAUAAAUUGCUCAAGUA